AUGUGCGUUACCGAGAUCUGGAGUUAUCGCGAAUGCGGAUGUUUCUACAAUCACAAGAUCCUGUGCCGGACUUACCGAAGAGAGCAGACACUGUGCUUUGCGCAAAACAUACAAUAUCCUGUGGACAAAUGGCUGAACGAGAUGGCAGUGGCCCCAGACACCUCUCCCCAGCUGUUUAGACCACGAGCAAUCCUCGUUGAGCCGGGAGACUGCCCGAACCACCGCGUGGUCGAGAAAUCAUUCCUCAAUCAGAUCUGCGAGGACUGCUUACUAGCAGAACUCGAGGGCCUGCCGUCCAGCCUCGACAUCAGUGCCACUGCCCAGGAUUUCCCUACCGCCAACUCAGACAACGGAGAAGGACUGAUUUGGGACAGCGAGGUGAGGAUCGAGAUUGAGGAUCCCGAUUCCGAGUUCUCAGCAAACCCAAGCGUGCCAGAGGCGGCAGUACGAAGCCAAGAAACACCGGAUGAGGACUGGAGGAUUCUGGAAAGCCACGUCGAGAUCAUCAUCGAGGACGAGCAUCACACCAUAGUCGCCAAAAGCGCGGCUUCUCCAGAGAUGGUAGCACAUCAACGAAGCGGUCGAUCACAGCCCUCGUUGACGGAGAAUUCCCAAUCAAACAGCCACCAUGGUGACCUUUACCAAACCAAUUCUGGAACUUCCGAAAGCAAGAGAUACGGGCGUGCCUUUCAAAAAAUCAAUGUUGCCAGCUUCGAAGAUGCGGAUACUGAUAGUGGAAUCGACCUUCAGUGCUUCCAUGGCGAUCCCCAAGCACUAUCUCGGGGAAGGGCUUUGAUGUGUUCGAAUCCACACAAAGGCGAGGUGCGCGAGGCCGAUGCUGAUAGCACUCCAGUGCCAGCCAAAGCAAAAAUUGGUGCCAAGGGCCUAUCCAAGCUCCAAAGCCUCGCGAGUCUCUCGAUGUCCUUGCGCGUGGCCCCGAGGUCACUGAUGGCCGUCUCAGACCACUGUGGUGACAUACGAACGGUUUCAGAAUGCUCGUCAAGCUCUAUGGGAUCUAGCUCAAAGAAUCCUUUCCGCUGGAAAGGGUCACCUCGGAUAGGAGAAACGAGUGGAUCCAUGUUUUGUGGGUUCGAGCAACUGUCCAGCAACAUCGACGGCAAUAUUCUCAAUCCUGAAGCGCAGGAUGCACCGGCCGUUCCGCUGCGGAACUCGAGUUUGAAGAGUUUCGCCCACUAUCUUAUGGAAUGUCCCACUCGGACGAAAGCCAUGAUGCAGCCACGAGCAGGCAGCUACCUAAGGAGUCUUACCCACAGUCCGACUUUCUCCUGGUUGCGCAAACACGCUGAGUCUAGUGAAGAGACAGAUUCAAGUACCCGGGUAUCAGGUUCGCGUUCUGAAACCACCUUUGAGUCUGCUUCUUGGGCUAGCAGCCUCAAAACUAAUAGUGCGGGAGGUCUGGAGGGUGAGAAAGCAUCGAUGAUACCAAGCAUCCCAAAAUCGUCUACCAUGAAUACCAUGCGAGCAAUCAUUGAAGGCUGUAUUGAUCGAGAUGUUGGGCUUGAUGACCAAGACGAGGCAGUCCCUCAACAGCCACUGCUACGCAAGUAG